AUGGCCAUGCAUUUCGGCUAUCUUGUUGUGUUUUCCAUUGUGCUGUUCGACAGUUACAAAGGAUUUCCUAAUACGAGUGAUAAAACAAAGAUUGAUAUUGAUAGCAUCUUUGAGAAUGGUCCUUUUGGUAUUGCUGAAACGUCUUAUGAAUAUCCGACUACUUACGACAUAGAAAUGACGCCAUCUUCAAACAAUCUUACAACUCAAAUUCGUGGGCAACUUUAUUAUCCGAAUUUCACAGCAGUCAAUAGGAAAGGUCCAUUUCCUAUUCUUGUCUUUCUUCCUGGAAAACAUCCUGACUGUCGUACACCCGUCCCUCUCGGAUAUCCUGCUAUCGACAUCAAUUCUACGGAUAGUCAAGGUCAAUGUCCAGAUGGUAUGUCUAAAGUUGCUAAUCAUCUUGGAUAUUCUUAUCUUGGACGAUAUUUUGCAUCAUAUGGUUAUAUUGUCGCCUCGAUCGAUGUCGUUUCAAUCAAUAAUAAACCAGGCAUUGAUGGCGAUAUUACAUUAAACUUUGUUAGAGCACGCCUCGUUCUUAAGACUCUAGAAAAAAUGAAAGAAUGGAAUGAUAGUGCUGAAAAGUGUAAACAAGUGUUGGAUGGAAUUGAUCUAUCCGGUCAUUUUGAUUUUGCACAAGUUGGAUUGAUGGGACAUUCGCGUGGUGGUGAAGGAGUUCGAAAUGCUUAUAAUAUGUUGAUGGAAAACAAAGGUUCAAGCGAUGCUUUGAUGUGGAGAAAUCGACUGGCAGGAAUGAACAUUAGAGCAGUUAUGGAAAUUGCACCAAUGUAUUAUGGACGAGACGGUAUCAAAUUAACUGUUGACAAUGUUCCUUGGGCAAUGAUGGUAGCAGGAUGUGAGGAUGAUGAACUCGAUUAUGCUCAUGUAAGACUGGCAUCUGAACAGAUGAAGACUGCGAAACAUCCAAAUUAUGUUGUGCAUGUCUAUGGUGCUAACCAUGAAUAUUUUAAUAGUGAAUGGCAAAUUGGUAUACCCUCGUGCUUUGGCGACCAAGAUCCAUUGUGGGACGUCAAUGCUACAACCUUCAAAGUUAGCGAUAUACUUCCAUACACUCUCAAUACAUUCUUAGAUUUUACCUUGCCAAAAGUUAACGGAUCUGAAGCACAACGUAGAAUAACUAUCUUUGUAUUAGCAUCAUUUUUUCGUGCUUAUGUUGGUAUCAAUGCUGAUCCUUCAUUGGCAACCUUGCUCGAUCCUUCUACUCCACUCUCGGGUGAUCUUUCUGAAAUUGGACGACAGUAUUUCAAUCCUGUACAAUCAAUUCUCCUCUUCAAUGGAAGUGAUAACAUAUUCGGCACUCCUGGUAUAGAAAUGAUGCCACUACAAGAAUAUGCACAAUCAACGUUCAAUGCCUUUGCUAAAGCUUACGAUGCUUCUUUAAUUCGACCUCCACAAUUUACUUUUAUGCCAAGUCCACCACAAAAAGGUAACUUAUCGUUGGACUGUCUAGAUCAAAUCGAGAAUGCAAUUCAUAUUGAUUUUGGUAAUUCUACUAAAGACGAGAUUCUGAUUCUUUUCGACAAAACACAUACACUUAAUCUAAUGACUAUUGAUAUUCAUUUGGCUCGUAGAAGUUCAUGCUGGUUUACAUCAACACAUCCAUCUACAUGUGCUGAACCUAGAGAAAUGAAAACUGAAAUUCAAUUGCAAACUCCAAACGGCUUUAUUACAGCUACUACAGUAUCUCUAAAGAGUCGGUACAACAUGCAAUUUGUUCUAUGCAAUGCUAUGAUGGAUAUGCCACCAGAAAAGCUUGCAUUCUUACCUGUUAUGUUUGAGACUGUAAGAAUUCCAAUCACGAAUGAUAUACCAAUUACUGGAAUUAAAUUUCUUAGUCGCAAUGGGGGUAGUGUUAUAUUGGGCGAUAUUAUGGUACCUACACCAACUAGUUCAAUACAUAUAAUAUCAAAUGAAGUUAGUUAUGGUGGAAAUGUUUUUCCAAGCGGUGUAGGAGUAAUUGUUCAUCGUGCGGUUGAUGUUGAUAUUGUUGAUAAUAGUAUUCAUCAUCAUCGAUAUACUGGAGUAUCAAUAGGAUGGGAAUGGGGUUAUGCUCCAUCAUAUACAAGUAAUAUAUUAGUUCAUAGUAAUUAUAUUUAUAAUACUGGACAACAUAUUCUUUGUGAUCAAGGUGGUAUUUAUACAUUAGGUAUUCAACCUGGAACGAUUAUUACUAAUAAUGUAAUUAAAAAUGUUUUUAGUUAUGCUGCUUAUAUGUGGGGUAUUUAUUUAGAUGAAGGUUCAUCUCAUAUUAUAGUUUCAAAUAAUGUUGUGUAUAAUAUUGGAUGGGGUGGUUUGUUUCAACAUUAUGGUGCUAAUAAUACCAUUAUUAAUAAUGUAUUUGCACGUAAUUCCGAAAUUCAACCACCACAUCCUGAUGAUCCUAUUCCCGAUGGGGAUCUGCGUAUUAUGAAUACUGAAGAUCAUCUUUCGUGGACAUUCGAAAAUAAUAUUGUCUAUGAUACAUUUCAAGGAAGCAAUCAUUCUGCAUUUAAAUCUGAUGCACCAGAUGUUCGCGUAUCCUUUAAUAAUAAUGUUUAUUAUAAUCCCUAUAAUACUCCAUUACUAUUCGGUAUACAACAAACAUCAUUUAUAGAAUGGCAAAAAACAGGACAAGACAAUAGCAGUAUAAUAGCAGAUCCAUUAUUUACAGGCGAUGUUAAUCAAUGUGAUUUUUUUACUGUUCAAUCUAAUAGUCCUGCAGUAAAACUUGGAUUUGCAAAUAUAACUAAACUUUCGAAAUGGGCUCCUGGAUGUGGUACAGAUAAUGUAGUUAACGAUAAUCAAUUUUAUCAUUGGUAA